AUGACGCUGACUCACGGCACGGUGUUGCACUGGCGCAUCGCAGACGACGACGAGGACGACGAAGUUCUUGGCGACGAUGGCAAGGUCCUCACGGUGGCGCUGGCGAGUCCCAUGACCUCGUCGUACGAGCGCAUCACAGCGUACAUCCUCGAUGACGACGAGGCCGACACGCCGCCGACGCGACGUACCGUCGACAAGCUGGCGUUGCCCGACUAUGUGCUGAGCGAGCCAGUUGUGCUUGACAAUUUGGAGAGCGUUCUGGCGGAAACGGACUUUGCGACGCUCCGCACGGACGUUCUGCAGCUCCAGCAGCGCUUUGCGGUCAAGUCGGCGCUGCGCAUCAACCUCCAGCGUGAGACGAGCGGACCCAACCAACAAGUGCUGCGGCAGAAGAUUGCGUCGUGCGAAGACGAGCACAAGAAGCUUAUGCUCCAGCAUUCGUCGGCGGCGGUGCGCGAGAUGCUUGUCAUUGACCUCGAACGUCGGCUCGCUGAGUGCACUAACGCCGUGGCCGCGACGGCCCAGGCAGAGUGCGGUCAAGCCUUUGCCGCGUGCAGCGACGUCGACGACGAGGCCACGCGCUCGGCGUAUGCCUUGGCUCUCAAAAAGUGGAGCAACAUGGUCACGGGCCUCGAGCACCUCUGGCGCGAGAUCUCGCACAUCUACACGACUAACCAAGAGGCGUACGCAACCUCCCCCAGCUCGCCGUGCAGCAUCUCCUCGAUGGGUUUCCGCUUGAGCUCAUGGACGUGGAUCCGCGCGGUUCUGAACCGCCUCGAAGCGACGCUUGCGCCAGGCGCUCGCGUCUUUGUGCUUUCGGUCAUGGGCGUCCAGUCGUCGGGCAAGUCGACGCUGCUCAACUCGAUGUUUGGUGUCCGUCUUCGGACGAGCGUCGCCCGGUGCACGCGCGGUGUGAACCUCCAGCUGCUCGCUUGCAACAACUGCGACGACUACGACUAUGUCUUGCUCCUCGACACGGAGGGCAUCCAGUCGCCCGAGUACGUUGGUGUCGAAGGCACGGUCUGGCGCGACAACCGCAUGGCGUCCGUGGCCAUUUUGCCGGCGGACGCGACCAUCAUCUUGACGAAAGGCGAGGCGACCAACACGAUCAACGACGUGCUGCCGAUCGUGCUCUCGGCGUUUGCCAACUCGGAGCUCGCGGCCGCGUCGGGUGGCCACCUCUCGUCCAAGCUCUACUUUGCGUUCAACCAGAUUGACGUGUCGCAGACGAACAACAUGGCGUCGAGUCUCCGGGCGCUCCUCGACAGUCUUCGCAACAGUGCCAAGCAGAUUGCGGCGGUGCGGCAGACCGAGACGGCCACUUUCUUGAGCGACUUUCGCGCCGACAUUGCCGACGAGGCGGGGAGCGACGUCCGGUUCCUCGGCAUGACGCAAGGCCAAACCACGCCGCCAAACGACGUGCCGCUGCCCGACUUUGGCGAGCGCCUCGUCCGGUUCCGGGACCACAUGCACACCCGCGCCACUGAAAGCCAGUGGCAGGCGGCGAUCGUCGCGACGUCACUGAACCAAGAUGCGUUCGCCAAGUGGGCGACGACGAUGCUCGAGGGCUGGGUCGUCAAGAAGCAGCGCCAAGCGGCGCACUCGGCACGCCUCGUCCAGGCCAAGGUCCAGCACCUCUUUGAGUACGACGCCAUCACCAAGGUCUACAAGGAAAAGCUCCAAGCAAAAAUUGUGGAUCACAACGCGCGGUUUGGGCCUGAAGAGACGAUGCAGGCGUUUGACAACAUCUUUGGCGAAAUCUUGGACGAUGCUCGCAAAGAAAAUCCAGCGUUUGCGAGCCAAGUCCCCAAGCACGUGCGCGCCGUUAUCCACAACAACCAUAUUUUCACGCCGGACGAGCUCGCGCGGCUGAACACGGACGACAACGACGAGUGGACGCCAGUCAAGCUGGCAACCAAGGUGGCGCGAAAGUUCUCGAACGUUUUCGUGUCGAAGGACACGACGCCGCGUGACACGGAGGUGACGGGCGCUGUCUGUGAUCUUGUGCGCAGUCUUCUCGCCGAUGUCGACCGCUACUCGGACGACGUGGCGCUGUCGUGUGCGCGCGACGUGCAGCGCCUGCUGGCGUCCAAGCAGCUGACGCCGUCCCAGCACAAGGCGGGUCUCCGCGCGCUCACCUCGAUGCUCACGGAUGAGCUUCAGCUGCGCCAACUGCGCUGGGACGAGGCCAACAGCGUCGUCGCCAAGUUUGCAGCGUGUAAAGCGAGCAUGCUUCUCUUUGCACAGAACGUGUGCGAUGGCCAAAAGGCGGCGCAGCUGCUGUCGACGACGCUGGACGAGUGGCUGGGGCUCAACUUGGCCAAGGCAUUUGAAGAAGAGGUUGUGAGCGUGGUGGCCUCGUCGCUCAAACACGCGCGCUGGGUACGCGCCGCUGAUGCGAUGCAAGCCGCGUUGGACACGGAUCUUCUUCAGUACUUGCGCAAGAAGAAGACGCGCAAGGUGCUGAGCCUCAUCGAGGAACCGACCGCGCACGCGGCCGACAUGACGAGCACACUGGUGCUAAAAGAGGUUCAAAAGUGCUACGUCAAUGUCAGCAAGAAGCUUGUGCGGGACAUUGAAGAGAGUGUCGCGACGGCCGCCGACGCUGCAACCCACGCCAGCUCGGAACGCACCAAGUGCUUUGUGCAUGCGCUCCGUGUGUCGCUCCAGAGUCGCCUCAAGUGCAGCGGUACCAGUGCGCUCAUCGAGAACCUGCCUGCCGCCCCGGGGGUCAUGAACUGCGACGACCAAGGGCCAUCGGCGUUUGCUCUCACGACGGACCAGGACGCAAUCAGUGUGCCGCAAGCUCUCCUUCGGCGACUUCGUGCGACGGCCUUAGAGCUGCGUCCGUCGACGGCGUGUAGCUCGACGAUGACCAAGGCGGUCAUUGGCGUCAUCCGAAACGAAGCGUACGGGGCCGUGGAUGGCAUCGUGCCACGCUGUGGGGCACCGUGCCCACGUUGCUGCUGCCCGUGCACCAAGGCGCUCGGGCAUACCUCGACGAAGGACGAUGCGCUCCACGACACGUACCACCAACCGGGGGGCCUUGUUGGCGGUUGGGUGGAUACGACGCACGAGCUUGUGUACCGAAGCUGUGCGACGUCUGUCGUCGAUGAUAUCGGCAUUGUUUUCGCGAGCGGCGUCCGCCCCUACAGAGACUUUGAGGCGAUCUAUCCUGGGUGGGCCUUGCCGCGCGUGACCAAAUUUCUGCCGCUGCGCGAGUACAUCUUCAAACAAUGCCAGUCCGAGCUCUCGCAAAAGUUCAACAAGCUCCCGUGCACAUCGAUACCCAUCUCAUACGCCCACAACCUCGACGACAUUGGGACGCAGCUCGAGCGUCUGCUCCAUUAACCACUGAUGGGCGCAAUAAAUGCAUGUCUUCCG